AUGCCCAACACAAGCGAAGCACCGGCCGAGCUGUUCGAGCCGAGACAAACCGCCACGAGUGCGGAUUUCACGCCGAAUCCGGAAAAGUCGUUACCCUUGAGCAGGGAGAGACAGGAGCUGCUAGAUGAUAUACUCGCAUUGUAUUGCUGUCAGCCUACCGUCGCGAGAUUGAAGCGGUACACUCCCGACGCCAUCUAUGAUGACGAGUUCUCGUAUGCGAAUGACCGGUACAAGAUCGCCGGGCAGUGGUUCGCCAUGCCCAAGAUCUUCGAGAAAGCCGUAAACGAGGGCUACGAAGUCGUCCGUAGCGAUCAUCAGAUGAUACAGUUCAAGAAUAAGCAGUCGUGGACAUUCCGCCUCAUCCCCAAAACCAUCACCGUCACGCACCUCAUCACCCUCUCCCUGGACCCUUCGACUCGUGACACAGACUUCAUGCAGAUCAAGUACCACAAGGACCAAGCCAACGACAGGGACUACUCGCACGAGGGCGUGCGGUUCGGCUUCAAGAAAUGGCAGGCCGAGAUGACGGCAAGGUUUCUGCCGAAUGCGCCCGAGUUGGCGGCCUCUGAGGCGGAUAGGAGAAGUGGGGGGGAGGAGGAGGUGAGGCGGUGGGGGACGGGGACGGAGGAGGGGGAUGCGCCGAAGGGGGAGUACAGGAGGUAA